AUGAGUUAUCAGCGUUAUGAUGCUGCAGCGGAUCAAGCAAGGGAACGCGAACUGUUGCAAAAAAUAGUUCAACGAACAACAGAAAAUUUGAUCGAUAUAUCGAAUACUCAUUUAACGGAACGAUUGCAGCAACAGGAUGCGAUUGAUC